AACCCUCCGCUCCUCUCACCAGCUCCACCCACCUCAGCCCCAGGCACCACCAUGACCGGCUCCUGCUGCGCCCAGCCCUGCUGCCAGCGCGACCCCUGCUGCUGCCGCCCCGUGUCCUGCCAGACCACCGUGUGCCGCCCCGUGACCUGCGCGCCCCGCUACACGCGCUCCAUCUGCGAGCCCUGCCGCCGCCCUGUCUGCUGCGACCCGUGCAGCCUGCAGGAGGGCUGCUGCCGCCCCAUCACCUGCUGCCCCUCGUCCUGCCAGGCCGUGGUCUGCCGCCCGUGCUGCUGGGCCACCCCGUGCUGCCGGCCGGUGUCUGUGCAGUCCCCGUGCUGCCGCCCGCCCUGCUGCCAGCCCGCCCCCUGCCGCACUGUCUGCAGGACCUUCCCCUCUUGCUGCUGAGCAGCCCUGCAAGAUAGCUUCCCAGGUAUUAAGACACACGAGCAAAUCCUUCCCACACCCCCGCCCCAUGCAUGGGCUAAGUGACACCGCUUUUGCAACCUACCUGCCUUCAAACAACCAACAGCAACUAUCCACUUUCCCACAUAAUUAUGCAGCGAAUCCUGGCCCUCUUUGACCGUCUUUAGACAAAUUCCAGCUUUCAGCAUUUGAAUUCCUGGCUUGAAAAAAAAAAAA